AUGGCCGCGCUCAGCUCCCAGCCGUCUCCCUUCGGGCACCUGACGCGGGAGCGGCACAUCCAAGUGCCGACGAGGUCCUUGAGGAAGAAGGACGGGGCUCCGGGCCUCCGGGCCGGGGGGACGUCCCCCAGCUGGGAAGGCACAAGCCGAGCUAACCAGGCUCAAGAGCCGGACUUUGGGAGCAACCAGGGGAGCCCGGAUGCCCCUUCGAGUGCCGAGGACCCUGGCCACCAACUCGAGGGCCGGAGAUGGCCGGGAAGCAAGUGGGGUGGGACUGCCGGGGAGGAAGCCACCGAGUCGCCUCUGCCGCGGCUGGGCUGGCGGGGCAGGAGAGCCCGCAGACGGAGCCCGGAGCAGAGCUUGCAGCAGGUUCAGGAGGACGACGACGUUCCACCGCUCGGGCUGCAGGUGCUGGCCGGCGUCUCCCAGCUGCGCAUCACCGCCCGAGCUGGGCUACGCGGGUUCGCCGGGGACCCAGGGAGAACGUACAUGGUGGGCACCGCGCAGGCAAAGGGGCUGCUGGUAGCUAUCGAAGAAACCAGCCGCUUGUGCCUGCACCUGUGUGGCCCUGCCCGCUCCUGCCGCAUCCGCCUCCAGGACCCGCAAGGCCAGGAUGUCCUAUGGCUCCGACGGCCCUUCGGGGCGGGCGCCAGCUGCCUGGGCUGCUGCCGGACGGAGAUGCGGGUGUUCACCGCCGGUGACCAGCUCGUGGGCAGCGUGCGGCAGAGGUGGGGCAUCCUUGCCCAUCUCUGGGACCUGCGUGACCUCCACGGCGCAGCCACCAUGAGGAUCCGAGGCUCCUGCGCGGCCAGCCGCUGCUCCUCCAACCAGGAGUUCCAGGUCACCUCCCGCGCCGGCAGCCCCGUGGCAGUGAUCUGGAAGAGGUGGCCAGGUUUCAAUGAAGACCAGAACGUGGACCAUGAGUUCUUCGGGGUGGACAUUUCAGCAAAGCUGGGGGCCGAGGACACCGCUCUCCUGCUGGCAGCAGCCUUCCUCCUGAACUUCAUGUUCUUCGAGAUGAGCUGA